GGACGGCUGGGGGCUGGAAACGGGGGCGCUGCCCCCCCCCAGGCUGUGAGCUGGUGGCCAUGGGGUGAGGCAGGCUGGGCCAUGGCAGGUGGGCCAUCUCCCCUCCGCACGCCCAGCGUAUCCCCAGCCGCCUCCCACGCCUCCGCCACCGCCUCCGCGUCCUCCCCUCCGCGCCUGCCUGCCCGUCCAUCCCGGCACGGGUGGGGGCUGCUGACUCAUCUGCCCACAGCCCCCCCACGGCGGGCGCUGCGAGGGGCUGCAUUGCAGACCCAGACGCGCCAGCAGACAAAAGCGACGCUGCGGUGCGGUGCGGCUGUCGGCACAAAGAGCUGCCGGCCUCCAGCCCUCCUUCCCUCCGCAGCCUGACGAUGCUGGACACCAUCAGCAACCAGUACGACUCCUUCAUCUACUGGAGGAUGCCGAUCCCGCGGCUGGAGCUGGCGGAGCUGGAGGGGCUGGGGCUGGGCGAGGGGCCCCUCUACACGCCCCGCACCGGGCUGGCCAAGCUCCCGGGGCCGCGGGAGGCAGCUGCCCAGGGCAGCUCUGCCGAAGAGGACAGCCUGCUGCCCUUCAACAGCUUCAACUUCUGGAGAGCACCCAUCGCCAGCAUCAGCUCCUUCGAUUUCGACCUCAUCUGACAGCCUCCCCUCUCCCCCCUCCCCUCCUCCCCGCUAGGCAUGCCAGGGUUUGGUUUUGUUGGUUCUGUACGGUGUCGUUUUUUUGUCUCUGGGCGCUUUUCAGCGUUGCAAUUGAACCCCACAGCUCGCCCCGGCCCUGCUGGCGGGUGGUGGCAUCCUCUCUGCCAAGCUCCAGCCUCGCCUCGUGCCUCCUCACUCCACUCCUUCCUUCGGGAAGCAUCGCAGCGGAGCAAGCCUGGGGCAAGCAGGAACCACUGCGUGGCUUCCAGCAGGAGCCCGGCCCUAAUGCCGGGUCAUCUUUGAGGUCAGCUUUCACAUGCCUCCUCCGUGGGCCCAGGUUUAUUCCUCAGUGCAAUCUUUUAGUGGGGAAAAAAAAAUCACCAAUCUUGAAUCACUUCAGCUUUUACACAUUUUUUUUCCAAGAUUGUUCUCUGGGAGAGCUAACGUGAGAGCUCUGUCUUUUUGGAUGUGCUUUUGGGGUUUGAUGUGGUUCCAUGGGGCGUUUUGUGAAACUGUAGCGGAUCCUGGUGAAGUAGUGAUGUGGAACAUCCCAAAAUUGUCUUAAGAGUUCAGGGGCAGGUGGCCAGAGGCAGCCUGAGCGCUGAAAAGGCUCCAAAAAGAGGCAAAUAUUGGCAAAAUCAUGCUCUCCAUUAUGACAGUGGACAGCAGGUCUCCGGUCACUUCCAGGAAUUACCCAUCCUGCUGGCAGAGGUGAAAAACGUAAACUCCCCUGCACAAAGCUGUUUGAUUUCUGUGCCCCAAGCUGUGAAAACCACAGGAGAGGUAUUUAAAAUAAAAUGGUUUAAAAGCAUACACAGUCCUGCGGGCACUUCAAAACCCAGCUAGGCUGGAAUCGAGUUUUUUUCAGUAAUUUGCCAUUAA